GGGAGUGCGAUGGGUGUGUCCACAGUCUAGCUUGGGGCUGAUUCAGGAGUCAGAGAAGGAGGAAGGACAGAAAGAGGGAGGUAGAGGAGACGGAGAACCUACACUGGUUUAAAAAGGGGUAUACGAGGAGGAGGAGGGAGGGUGGAGGCUGUCACCACUCCACGGGGGCUCUAUCUGUGCUGUCAUGGAGAAAUAUCGGCCAAAGAGGCCCACAACGCUAGCUCUAAUGCCACAGCGACCACAACCUGGCACCCAGGACACUAUCAACAACAAUUCUUUAGGGAAAAAGGACAGCUGGAAGGAAUCACGAUCUUCAUCCCCACACAUUACAGGGGAUCAAACACAACCUGAUAGCCAACCAAAAGCAGAGGACAAAGUCCGACCCUACACCCGCCGCCCAGCCCCUAAACCUCCAACUGCCAAUGGGGUCAUUAGCAGAGCCAGCACUCAAGCUGCAGUAGGCGACACGAGGGCUCGAGCACGGGAACGACAGCCACUCGGGGCCACGCACACUCAGUCCUUAAGCAUGCCUAGAAGCCAACGGAGAGGGGGAGCAGUGGGAGCAGGAAGAGGAAGAGGGGGAGGUAGAGGAGCAGAUGCGAUGAGAGAGAGGAGAUUGGGGGACAUCAGAGGGAAGGAUGGAGUGACAUCAGGGAAGGAAGAACGAAGAGGUGGAAGACUGUGUGAAGACUCCAAGGGGAAGGAGAAAGCGAAAACCAUAAAUCAAAGCACAAAAGAAGCAAACGGAAUUAAAAGCUUGGGCUCAGAUGGGAGGGGAAAACUAUGUACCAGAAAGGAUAACCCGGGUGGAAGGGGGAAACCCAGUAACUCACUUCCUAACCAGGUUUACCUGACAGCCAUGGUGGUCCCACGCACACCUGUAGCACCCAGAAAAGAGGACAAGACCCAGGUCCAAGGCCAAAACCAUGACAGGAAAAGUCAAAAUCCCUCUGUUCGUUCUCAGUCUUGCCAUGACCGGGCAUCCAACAGAAUGUCCCUCGGUUCAGACACUGAGGGACCUCCACCAGAACCUCAGCAUCCACCUGUAUCCCAUCGAGCAAACCUUGACAUCCGCGAAGAAGAAGGGGAUGGAGCAUCUUCCACCCUGAAAGCCCAUCCAAGUACAGAAUCCUGCCCUGAAAAUAAUGCAAAAUCAGAGAAGACCCAGUCCAAAGUGAAAACAGUGCAUAGAAAGGGUGAUAAUGUGACUGAGGCUGAGAGCACCAAAUCUGUCUCGCAGGGAGCUCUUGUUGGCACACAAACUGUACCAAAGAGUAAAGAAGCAUCUGCAGGGUUAAAUUAUGACUCUGUUAAAAACACUCUGGUGGUUGAUGAAGACACGCAACUGGAACCAGUCAGCGGUAAGGACUGCUUGCACAGUAAGAGUGGACACAAUGACGAGAGUGAUGCAGAGACGGUCUAUCAGUCAGCCAAAGAGGAGGAAGACCCUGAGUAUGAGGAGGAGAGGAAAAGGAAAGAAGCAGCAGCAAGGAAGCAAGGGCGGAGGAAAGAAGAAGAAAUGAGAAGAAAGGAGGAGGAGAAGAGAAAGAUGAGAGAAGAAGACUUGAGGCGGCAGCGGGAGGAGGAAGUGAAGAGGAGGAGGGAGGUUGUGGCGAGGGUUAGCAAGCAGCCUAAAAUGUCAACCAAAACAUUGGACCAAGAGGAAUCUAAUGGAGGGAGAGCAAGCGUUCCCAGAAGCAAGAAGUUCCUCAACCUGUUCUCGUCUGACAACAACUACAGUUCCACUGGUGCUGGCUCCUUUGGUGUGUUUUCAUGUGUCAUGGAUGGAGUGGAGCAACAGCAGAGCCACAGAGCUGUAUACAGGUUUGUUCCCCGUCAUUCUGAUGAGCUGUACCUGGAGACAGAUGACCCAGUCUUAAUUUUCAACCAGUCCGAGGAUCUGUGGUGUCAGGGUUACAACAUGAGGACCGGAGCUACUGGAAUCUUCCCUGCUUACUAUGCUGUCAGACUAACCAAAAAUACUAACAAAGGACAAAAGGAUGGUUCGAUAGAGCAAUUCCUGGUGCGAUUCUUAGGUUCCGUUCAAGUCCCCAUCCACAAAGGCAGUGAUGUGCUGUGUGCUGCUAUGCGCAAGGUUGCAUAUAACAGCCGAUUAGCAGGCCAGCCUCCCUCAGCCUGUGUGCUAGAAGUCAGUGUGAGGGGUGUGAAGAUCAGCGUCCAGGACCAGUGUCACUCUGCUCACAGGGGAGACCAGUGUUUCCAUUUCUUCCAUCUGAAGAACAUCUCGUUCUGUGGCUGCCAUCCAAAACAUAGCAAGUACUUCGGUUUUAUCACCAAACAUCCUGACCAACAGCGCUUUGCCUGUCAUGUGAUGAUGGCAGAUACAACUUUACAUCCUCUGGCCAUGUCAGUAGGGAAGGCCUUCCAGGAGUAUUACAAGGAACACAUUGGCUACUCUUGUCCCACUGAAGACAUCUUCAUUGAUUAACACUUCACAGGACUCCGAGACAGUUUGAACAGAAGAAGCCUUUUGGAAAACAGGGGAAGCAUCUUCAACCACAAAGAAGUCUCCAGUUGCCUUUGAAGCAGUCUUGGUGGAGGGUUAUGCCACAAACUGAAUCGCCGCUAUGACCUACAGUAUGUGAGACUGCUUGCAUGUUUGAUUUCCUUUCUUGUCUACAUCCACAUACAGGCGACCUCUCUCGCCUGUAGCUACGUCACAUAGAGAUGUUCAGAUGGAAGGUUGGACCACAUGUGAACUGUCCAGAAUUGUAACGUAACAGCAUAUCUGCCCUGAACCACACGUACUCAAAACAGAAUAUACUUUAUACCUAUAAGGUUAAAAGGACAACAAAAUCAUGUUUAGACGAUCAAUAGAGACAAUUUAGUGACAAGAAAGGAUGGCAAGAUUCAUCAUCUUUAGAUCAAUGUGUUCCUUUAGUCAGUAAGAGAGAUUUGACCCUUUAAUCAUGUAUAAAUAAAUGAGUGACAGCCACAAUAGAAGCUCUGUGAGCCACCUUAUACUUGCCUAUUUGCAUACAUAUUAAAACUUGUAUGACCUUGUCAUGCAAUUGAACAAAACAACAUGUACCUGUUCGCAUAUUCUAUAUUUGUCUUUGCUUUUCAGUAAUAAGAUUCUUGAAAGCACAUAAUCGCAGUUGAUCUUUGUUCAGAAAGUGGUAAAACUCAGCAAAGUAAAGGCAGGUCAAAGGUAAAACUUCUCCAAAUCCUUGUGCCUCUCCUGUCAUUAAAUUAUCUUCUUCAUUGACUCAGCACAGCAAAGAAGGGCUUCUUAUAAACAACUCCCAGCUGCUGUUUUAAAGUUAGCGCUUUAAAGUAGUGUAUCAUAAACUAAUGGCCCUGCUUGUUUCUUUGCACAUACGGAAACAGUGUUUUAAAAGGACAUAUAGAAAAGUAUAACUUUUUAUCUUAUGACCCCAAGACAAUCUAUUGUUGUCCAACUGUUUCCAGAAGACUUAAUUGCUUUUUUUUUUUUUUCCCACUAAAGUAGUAUUCCCUACCAGGAGUUCCACGACUUCAUAGUUUUUUCAUUUGAUGCUAAUGUGACUAAAGUCGAGUCGACGUUGACCAGUGGUUGGUGACGUCCUUGAUAUUUUUCGGUACAGUACUGUAAUUAAAAAAAUAAAAUAAAUAAAAGGAGCAGGGAAUGCUUUGCAAUCUAUAGUCCCCAACAAUGGACAGCUCCAGUGGCGUGCAGAGGAGGGGGCGGC